AUGCGGAGUGCUUUCAAGCGCUACAAGCUGCUGAAACUCGCGAUGGGAGAAGAGAAGAUGCCCGAGGAAGGUGAUGCCCGCGACAAAUGGAUUGAGCGGAGCACGGUGCUGUACGACCUCAUCCUUCAAUCAGUCAACAACGAUAUGUUCCAGCAUAUCAAGGAUUUGGUGGAGCUGGACGACUCGGGGCCGAAGGCGUGGAAACUGCUGCGCGAUGUGGUUCAGCCCAACACGCUGCCGAUGGUGAUUGUGUUGGAGAAGGAGCUAGAUGCCCUCUCCAUGAAGCCGGGAGACGACGUGAAGCCGGUCCUUGACAAGAUCAAGGAUACUUACGCAAGGAUGACAGCGGCGGGCAGCAAGGUGUCGGAGAUGCAGCAGUGCACCAAGAUCAUCUCGGUGCUCGACAACUCGUGGGACAACCUCAUCCCCACCCUCAACGUUCAGCAGGACAAGUGGACGCCUGAGUGGCUACGGCAGCAGAUCCUGCAGGAGGACUUCCGCAGGCGCCACACGGGAGGUGGUGCUGCCAACAAGACUGCUGAGGGGUAUGGAGCUGCAGGAGGCAGCAGAGGAAGAGGGGGAGGGAGAGGCCGAGGCCGUGGGAGAGGCUUUGGCAGAGGAAGAGGCCGAGGUGACUACAAUGAGGGGCAUGGGAGCUCUGGCGGCAGGGGGAGCACCCGAAUGGAGGGUGCGUGCUGGUACUGCAAGAAGGCUGGACACCCGUGGUUCAAGUGUUUCAGCCGGCCUGAGGGAUGGGCGCCCCCAGGCAUGAAGCCGCCAAGUGGUGAACGCGCACGAGGUGGCGCUGUGCAAGGUUCAGGUGCACAAGGUGAUGGUGCACAAGGUAAAGCUGACCCUGGGUUGUUCCUCAUGGUUGAGGAAGUGAAAGGGAGUGAGGAUGAUGUGGGUUCGGUUGGGAAGGUUGUGAUGCACCCCCUCACUCACUGGGUGAUAGAUUCAGGAUGCACGAGUCACAUGACUCCGCGGGCAGAUUUGCUUGAUGAGGUGAAACCCCCUGGGAAGAUCAAGUUUGUGGCUGCCGCUUCAGGUGCUUUACUCCCUGUGAUUGGUGUGGGGAAUGCCAAGGUGAUGGGAGCCAAUGGGGGACUUGUGGGACUGGGAAAUGUGCUACUGGUUGAAGGCUUGUCCGCUAACCUUCUCUCUGUGCGCCGACUGCAGAAAAGCAAGGCCAAAGUCACGUUCGGCCCAACCAGCUGCCGUGCAAAGCUUGGGAAGUUGCUGCUGUGGGAUUUGGAGGAGAAGAGCAGUUGCAUCAAGGACCUGUGGCAGCUGCCCAUCAUCCCUUGGAAUGGGAAACCACCAGCAACGGCAAAGGCAGCGGCAGCGGCUAAGGCAACUGCGGGAGGAGAGGUGACUGCACCAUCUACUGGGGCCCUGAAUGCAGUCAAGAAGGUGCAGCAGCCACAGCAGCCUCAUGGUGAGGUGCUUGCAGGUGUGGAUGCGACAGCUGCAUGGGCAAAGGCUUCAUCUGGGAGUGGUGAGGCCGAUUGGGAGACGUGGCACGAGAGGUUGUGCCACAUCAACAUUCCGAUGCUGCAGAAGUUGGUGAAGGAUGGGAGCUUGAAGGGGUUGGAGGUGAAGGGGGCAAGGAAGGAGAUUGGGAGCUGCCCAACAUGCCUUGAGACCAAGUUCACGAAGUUUCCCUUCAGCAGCAGCACGGGACCAGCCAAGGCGCCACUCGCACUUGUGCACAUGGAUGUGGUGGGCCCCACGAGGGCCACUUCGCUCUCGGGCAGCCGCUAUUUCCUGACCAUCGUGGACGACCACACGCGUGCGGUGUGGGUGUACCCUCUCAAGACGAAGGGGGAUGUGGCAGCGGCUGUUCUCAAGGAGUGGAUGCCGAGAGCUCAAAGGGAGAGCGGACACAAGGUGAUCCGCACCGACAACGGAGGAGAGUUCAUUGGCGCUGAUUUUGAGAAGGAGCUGAAGCGGAAGGGGAUCCAGCAUCAGCUCACAGUGCCCUACAACCCGCAACAGAAUGGCGUGGCUGAGCGGUUCAACCGGACCCUGCAGGAAGGUGCUCGCACUCUACUUGGGCGUGCAGGGCUGCCGGAUCCGUUUUGGGUGACUGCACUGAGGCAGGUCGUCGUUGUGAAGAACAGGGUGCUGGCGACUGUGGGGGACAAGCAGUGGAUCCCCUACACCAAGUGGUAUGGGAGUGCACCAGCAGUCAACAUGCUGAGAGCCUACGGCUGCAUGGUGGUGUUUCAUGUGCCGAAGGAGAAGAGGGGAAAGCUGGAAGCUUCUGGAAGAUGGGGUGUGCACUUGGGGCUUGCAAAGGAUCAUAAGGGCUGGCUCAUUUGGGACUUGACCAGCCAGCAGCUGACUGUGUCGAGGGAUGUGAAGUUCCUCGAGUCCUUAACCAGAGGUGGAGGAGCAGCAGCAGCAGCAGCAGCAGCAGCAGCAGCAGCAGCAGCAGCAGCAGCAGCAGCAGCAGCAGCAGCAGCAGCAGCAGCAGCAGCAGCAGCAGCAGCAGCAGCAGCAGCCGCAGCAGCAGCAGCAGCAAAGUGCGGCUGA